AUGUCGGAGGUGUGGCCAGAAUGGAGUGACUCGUGCCUGGACGCUCUUUCUGUUCCAGCAGAUGUUGAGGUCAGUAAUGGCAACAAGGACGUAGAUCACCAUCCAGGAGGCCCUGAGGAGGCAGAACCACUUAGUGUAUUGGGCAGAAGGUCCAAAGAGUAUGUUGCCCAGCAUUCUUGCCAAGGGGAAGCCUGCGAGGACCAACACAGUUCGGAAAGGAAUCAGACAAGCCGUCCAGAGAAGAGGCAAGGGAAAUCUGAUCUGGCUGAAAGGGAAUAUAAAGACCUCCUCGCCCACCCUCCUUGCCACAAAAAAGAGAAGGCCUACAAAUGUCUGCAGUGUGGGAAAAGCUUCUACCAGAGCGCGGCCCUCAUUCGACACCAGUUAAUCCACUCAGAAGACCAACCCUACAAGUGUCCUGACUGCGGGAAGACCUUCACGCAGAGCUCACACCUGGUGUACCACCAGGGGACCCACACAGGAGAGCGACCCUACCGAUGCGGAGAGAACUUCAACCAGAGCUCGCAUUUGGGGUACCACCAGAAAACCCACGCCAGGGAGCAACCCUAUGAAUGUGAGGAGUGCGGGAAGGGCUUCUACCAGAGCUCGCACUUUGUUUACCACCAGCGCAGCCACUGGGGAGAGCGACCCUACUGGUGUUGGGAUUGCGGUAAGAGCUUCUGCCUGAGCUCCAACCUUCUCACCCACCAGAGGAUCCACACUGGAGAGCGAUCCUAUCAAUGCCGGGAGUGUGGGAAGGGCUUCUACCAGAGCUCUCACUUCGUGUACCACCAGGGGACCCACACGGGCGAGUGGCCCUACAAAUGCCCCGGGUGUGGGAGGAGCUUCAGCCUGAGCUCCAACCUUCUGAAGCAUCAGAAGAUCCAUGUGGGAGACAGACCCUACAAAUGCAGCCAGUGUGGGAAGAGCUUUAGUCAGAGCUCCAACCUGAUCCAGAAUCAACGGAUCCAUGUGGAUGAGGGACCCGAUUCCCCUCCUUAAUGUAGCAUUCCCAGACUGGAUCAGCCCCAGGGUCGAUCUAGCCCAGUGCCCUGUCUCUGACAGUAGCCAGCACUGAGAGCCCCACAGCAGGCAGAUGUGGGAUAAUCUGCCCUCCCAUUAAGGGGAUGUUGGCCGUAGAAUUUGGACAUCCAGUGGGAGGCUUUCAAAAGCAUCUGAGAAUCUGUGGAACUUGUGCUUCUAAAUCUCUUAGGUGCUUCUGAAAAUCUCCUCCUGACCAUAUAUUUUAGAGACAUUUUUGUCUUCUGCUUUCUUGUCUUCUGCUCCUAUAGAGAAGCUAAACUGGGGCGGGGGGGGGGGGGUUAGGAUUGGGAUCAGCCCAUAAGGCAGCCCAAGAAACCAAGGGCAGUACAGGAGUGAAUCCAGCUCCUUUCUCUCUGUUAUGAGAUGAGUUACUGCAGCAGCAGCCAGAUGGGUGGAGAUCAGCAGUGAUUUCUGGGACGACUAAACCUGAAAGCAGAACCACCAGAGUGGUAGGGUGGGCAGCCAGACUGGUAUAUCAUUUAAUAAAGAGGCAACAGCAGAAAGAGCUGAAACAUGGCUGGGUCCAGGCUUCAGGAACAGCAGGCACUGGUCUCUUACAGACCUGGGCAUAUGGCCUGUAAGUGCCCGAAAGGACAAAAAAACAGAGCAAUCUUGACAUAAACUGGGCAGUCACAUUUAAGAUUGCCACCAGACUGUGGGUAAAGUUCUAGUGGACCAGGGAAAAGAGGAAAAAGCAAUCCCCCUUGUUCUCAGCUGAAUGGAGCACGGCGGACAUGCAGAGCAGAUGAAGCAAACGGGAUGGUUUUGAGGUGGCACAUGACAAGGAUAUUUGGGGCCAGAUUUUCAGUGUGUUGGGUGCACGCUGGGUCUUUUACUCAUUUUCAAAUUUGGCCCAUCGCGGUUUGAAAAACCUGGUCCUUAGUUGAGUGCUUCAAUGGGUGCUGAGCUCUUUUGAAAAUCUGACCCUGUGUUGAUCAGCAUUGGGGUGGGGUGGGGAUGGGUGGUCUGAAGAGGUCUUGAAAUGUUUCUGAAUUGUUUUCUCCGGAGCUGAGUGCUUGAAGGAAAGGCAGGCCAUAGGCUCCCUGAUUUGGUGUAAUGAUGAUGCCCAGGCAUGGCACGAAGUGGGUAUUCACCCACGAAAGCUUAUGCUCCAAUACGUCUGUUAGUCUAUAAGGUGCCACUGGACUCUUUGCCGCUUUUACAGAUCCAGACUAACACGGCUACCCCUCUGAUACUUGAGAGUAAAGUGUGAUCCGGGGCCCUAAGCAUUGUGUUGUUUUGCCUUGCAGACACUUUCCAAGUGUAUUGGGAGGGGAAAAGUAGAGGGUAGGAACACGGAAAUGGCCAGACUAGCUCAGACCUGAGGUUCAUCUGAUCCAGUAUCCCAUCUCCACCAGUGGCCAGCAGCAGCUACUUCAGAGGAAGGUGUAAGAACCCCACAGUAGCAGAUGUUGGAUUAUCUGGCCCCACAUUAGGUCUCUAAUAGAGAGCUGUUUAAGUCCUGAAGCAUGAGAUUUAAUAGUUCUGCUCAUGGCAGCAGUCACUGUUCUAACUCUGGAUUUUUUCUGUUAUCCUUGUAAACGUCCACACCCUUUUUGAAGGACUCAUUGGAAUUUUAGAGUGAAUUCACCACUUGUGCCCAAUGUCAUGUUACUUGGAUCAAUCACUAGGCACCCUCACAUUAUCCUCAUCAGAUCCAAAAGGGGGGAGCAGCACUGAAACCAAAGAGGAGGAUCUGCUAUAGGCUCAUAGCUUUGUGACGUUACAGAAAGACUUGGGUUUGGGGGUCUUGCCUUCUUGCUUAUCGGAUAAACAACCCUAUCACUUUUUCAA